AUGGAGUGCCAACCGUUAACCCCUGCCCCCCGUGGGUUUCCUCCCAUUCCGUCGCAGCCGUGCAUGUUGGCGGUUUGCAAAGACGACAGUGGUUUGCUGACUCCUGUCAACGCCGUCGACGCGACCCCUUCCUCGUGUUCGACGAACUGCACGACGAGUCCAGACGCCUCACCGUCCGCCGCGACCUCGGGAGGCACCAGCGGCAGCAGUGCCUUCUCAGCUGCUGCGAUCAACUGUGCCACAUCUAUGGGAGGCAUCGAGUCCGCUUCCGACUCGUCAACCAGAUCUCCCUCUCACAUCGACCCUGCAGGAUUUCUCGCGGCGUCAGGAGUACUGCCCCCUGGAGCUCCAGGAGACGGACUCGCUGUCUUUCUCUCCCAGAAGGAGCAGUGGCACCAACUCCUCACCAGAAACCAGGGCGUCGCCGUCACCAACCGCGUCGACCCUUUGUCUGUUCUGGGUGACUUGAAAUCGGACGCAGGGAAACCCAGUGUCUCCGUCGGAGGGGUCUCUGUGGCCCCUAGUCAGGAGACACGUGAGGCCUUUGCUGCGUUGCGGCCCCGGGGAGUACCUGCAGGCAUGUCUCCGACCCACGGGGGUUCGGCGAAUGCGGCAGCCGAGCUAGCGGCGCUCUCCUGUCUCCUUCAGUCCCAGCACGGCGCUCCCGCCACACCAGAGGACAAGCGGCGGGACGAGACCGCUUUGUUGCUGUUUUUCCAGCAACUCCAGGCACAACAGUUGGCUCGGCAGAUGCCAGUCUCCACUGCUGGAGCAGCUAAUCUGUCAGCCUUCGCAAACGCUCAAAUCACGACGUGCUCACGCGCGUCGACUACCCAGCCCCUUGGCGUGCUGCCGUUCACCCAGCCUCUGCCCGCAGAGCGCACCCAGAUGGAGUCACGCGUGCGGACAGACGCACCGCUCACUCCACAGACAGCCGCCGGUCUCAGCGCUUGCACUUCCACGGGGCGAGGAGCUCACGCUGGUCAAGUGAAGCGAGGAGGGGGAACAGGCCGCAGCCUGGCAAGGAGUGGAAGCGACGCGGCUGCAGCCGCUGUGGGUUCUCAAGAGAAGGGCCAGGCUGCGGGAGUUGGCGAGAAACCGAGGACAGUGUUCAUUGGGAAUAACAAGGCAUCUUACCACCCUGACAAACAAGAGUGGAGAACUCGGUACUACCAAGACGGCCGACGGUGCAUGCGGACGUAUUCCGCAAAGUACUACGGCUACGAGAAGGCAAAGUGUCUCGCCGAGUGUUUCAUUCGCUUUGUCCAGACUUACGGCGCACUUCCCAGUCAGCAAACGCUUUUGCUGGCAGCUGAGCGACUCCAGCAGCAAGCGGUGGCGCAGUCUGCUGACACCGACUCUGUAUCCUCAGGGGGGGCCUCCGGAUUCAAGCCGGCUCAACACGCCGUGUCAGUCUCUCGGCAUCGCACUGGAGGCUCCGAUGUCGCUGCCUUGCCUGUGGCAGGACAGCUGUCUUCCCAGGACUCCGCGGCAGCAAGCUGGUCAGGUUUCCCGUUCGCACCAGUCCUUCCUCAAUGCAACCCCGUAGCCGCUUCUCAAACGUCGCUUGUUCUCCCCUUGUCUGCGCCAGGGCAGACCCCCGGGACUGCGGGCCCCCGGGGCACUCGGGCCUUGCAGGAGACUGCUCCUGCUCGAGUCCGAACUCCUCGAGCUGCUGAUUCAAAGAUCGCAGUUGGAGCGGUUCAAAGCAGAGGGGAUGAGGGCCGAAGCUCAAGACGAGCCUCUGUCAAGAGACGGCGAGACAGUGCCGGAACUGCCGACGACGCUACACCCGUGGCUGCGUCGCGACACGCCGCAGGGCCUCUAACCGCGGAAGGCCGCCUUGCCAAGUUGCUCGCUACCACGGGGGGCCCGAAGCGCCUCGACGCCGGAGAGUCGGGUGUGGGCGUAACCGAGUCUCCGGGGGCGAGGGGCAGUGCUUCGGGACUUGCUGCCGCCGUUGCGAAGACGUCCGCGCUUGAGGCGAGUGUGGGAUUUGAGGGGACCCGCCGCGUGUCUCAAGAAGAACCGACAUCGCCCGUGGCCGAAGUGCAGCAGAGGGUUGCGUGGAAUCUCCCUCGGAACUCUUUUCCCGGUGCCUCAGUCCCAGUCUCCAGCAGUUCCGCCACUCCUUUGCCUCAGGUAGGUGACGGAGUCAGUGCACCGACGCUCGACCCGGCUGCGCUGUCCAGUGUCUCGUCUCUUGACGCCUCUGUUUCACCUGCGUCACUUGCGAGUGCUCUUCAACUCGCUGCGGUCUCGAAGCCUGGAAAGGCUGUGAAAUUCAAUGAAAAAGAAGACGGUGGCCAGUCGCCUCGGGAGCGCAAGGCAUGCGCCGACGGAGAGGCGGCGAAUGCCGAGGCUGGCAGAGAGUCUCGGUGUGUCAGGAAGGCGGGCAAGAGAGACGGACGACAGACCGCCGAUGGAGUGUAUGUACAGCCAGUUGUGGGCGCAGGCCGACUGGCACGCAGUGACUCGAAGGCAAAUGUGAAAAGCUCACAAGGACCCCGAGAAGGUGACAAGGCGAAGGGCAAGGAUCUCGGAGUUCUCUCCAAGAGUGCAGAUGUGUCGACUGUCGAGUCUGCUGUGGACGAUGACAGCACAGCGUCGCUCUUGCAGGCGUUCUUCGAUGGCUGUAUUUCUGAAUCGCUUUUAGGCGGAGUGCCGCUGAUAGGAGGUGCAGGGGAUGCGAAAGCCUUUAUUGAGCAAGAGGGUUGUCGCGACAGUCUUCGUCGCGUCGGCGGUUCUCAGGAACUCCGUUGGAAUGACAGUGAUGGCCGGCUGUCGAUUCCCAGUUCUCUGUCUCAGUCGACGUCUACGCGGUCUACUCAGUUCUUCCCGCUUUCGGCAGUUGGGGCUGUCGAGCCCUCCACGUCGAGUUAUUUAUCCUCUCCUGUCACCGCUGAAAGACGCGAGGCCGAACAGCUGCUCCGCCGUCUCCUUGCCUGCACUGAGGGUAACGAAACUGCAGCGGGAUCCCGAGUUGAAGGCACCGGUGCCACGACGCACUCCUUGCUCUCUCUGAACCUGCAGGGAACUCCGGUUGCGGGGGAAUUUGGAGGACAGGUUCAGUCCACCUUCACGCUUCCUGGCACACUGGGGAAGCAAGGAAGUGAAGACCGGGCCCGUCUGUGGGACGCCGCGGUAGGCACGUUUGGCAUUUCCGCUGAGGAAGCCAGUAUCGGAGGAGAGGGCAGGACGAGACGAGGCCGCGCAUGCAUUGCCGCCUCUCUGGAGGGAUCCGGCAGCUGCGGGUAUAAUAUGGAGGACGCUGGGGAGAUCCAAGACAUCGUUCUCUCGGCUGACGUUGAAGCGUUCAUCCGCGCAUUCGGGGCUGGAGCAGGCCACGAAAGCCUAGGUGCGCAGCGGACGGCUGGACAGCUGUUCGAGGAAGGUGUGAAGCUACUCCACCUGCACGACGCGAGUCUCCGGACUGUGUCCACUCUCCCCGGUGCGACGCUUGAUGCUCUCUCCGACUUCUGCGCUAUUCAUCGUCUCAGCGACCCGGGGCUGGCUUCGCGACAGAGCGUUGCACCGAGUGAGACACCUCAGCAGGCACCCACUGUCUCACCGUCGAAUGAAGGCGCCUCCGAAGCAGGGAACGACGUGUCCGACACUGCGUCGCAAGACCUGGUGGCGAAGAAGCGGCGAAGACAGGAAGACUUCCCCUUGACUCUGGCGUGCUCAGAGACACUUGGAACUCGACUGAUGAACUCCCACGUUGCGUCUUUGUCCCGCCUGGCUUGCGCGUCAGAAGCUCCGCUCUUCGCUGCCUUCUCCUCUACUUUGGCGGGCGUGGAGGCACAGUUGACGCACGUGCCUUCGGGGGAAUGCUCAGGCCAAGCCUUGCUUCCUGCCGAGAGUCCAGACUCUUUCGGUUCUUCCCCCUCGGUCUGCGCCUCGGUGUCAAAGGCCCUCGCAGCUCUCCAGAUCCUCUCCCUUCGAACGCUGCGAGCAGCUACAGAAGCGGCUCAAGCCGCGGUUGCAGCCGCCCGCGCAGAGCAAGAAAUCGCGCCGCCGCAACGAAGAGCCGAGCGAGGAGGCACGUUCCGCGGGGACAGUGUCAGCUCUGGAUCGACGGCAGCAGGCCCUUCAGAAAGGUCGGUUCAAGCCUCUGGAGGGGACGGUGCACUGACGGGGCUCGGCGAGUCCGAUGACGCGACCUGCAGCACAAGCGACAGCAGCAGCAGACUGAACGACACCGUUUUGUCUCUGGGAACUCGUCUGGGUGCCGUGCCGAGAGACGAGGCGCGGCGGGGCCUGGCGGAGAAGCUAGACGACAGCAGUCCGCGCUCGGACGCAGAGAGGAAGACAGAUGUUCCGCUGUCCCCCACACAUUCUCAGGGGUCCUCGCACCUUCCGUCGGAGAAAAGCGAUUCUGAGGGAAGAACAAAUGCGUCUUCCAGACACUGCGAACACCCGCAGCUCCGCGCGGCUCUUGCGGGCCACCUUCGACGAGUCCGCAAAAAGAAGGAAGAUCUGGCGCAGCAGCUGCUGGAGAAAUUCUGGGCGCUCCGCACGCUGCAGAACCAGUUGAAGGAGCGCCUCCAAAAGGCCGAAGAGGAGCGAAUGAGAGCCAGGCAACGGCACGAGGCGAUGACUCGCGUGGGCACCUGCGCGGCACUGGCGCAGCAGCUCUUCAGGGAUAACAUCGAGCUUUUGUCGAUGAUUCUGACUGAACUGAAGGACGCCCGCCGCGAGGGGCUUUGCGUAGAGACAAAUCAAGGCAGUGUUGCUAGCACGACAGCAGAACAAAGUGGAUACGAAGGGAGGACAUCUGGGCGGUCAGAUGCUGGCUUUCUCAGACAAGGCGCUGAUCGCUCGGAGGCCGAGGAUUGUGCCACUGCGGUUGAUUGUGCUCGUGUCUCCGGGAAGGAGCUGACAGGGGAGGCAGGAGAGGGGGAAGGAGACAGGACGGCAGGCAUAGAGAACGGGAUAAUUCCGGAAUCUUCAGUGGGUUCUGGUACACAGCGGGAAGAAGGCGCAGCAGCUGAUGAAUCACGAGAGCAGGUGGAAACGCCAUGCUUACGUGAGGCCCUCCAGGGCCUGCAGAAUCUUGUUGGGAGAUUGAAAUCGCGUCAAGAAGACCUCACAGAGUUUUUGAAGUCCUUCCAGUCGAUGGUGGCGCUUCAGAGGGAGGUGCUGCGCCACCGAUGUGCGGCGCUGGUGGCGGAAGGCGAUGUGAAACUUGCGAAUGAUUGCGAGAAUGAGACACCCCACUUGCAAUUAAGCGCCGAGGAGGCUGAGGAUCUGUCCCCGCGUGCGCUCGGGGAUCAGGGCGAAACUCGACUCUCGGCCUUUCAGGUCGCUGAGGGGGCUGUGCGUUCCCACGGGCCAGCCGUUGGGUGUUCGGCUGAGUCAAAGCGGCUGAAUUCGCUGCCCUCCGAAGCUGACGCGUCCCCGAGGGAACGCGUUUCUCUCUCGGAAGGAAGGAGUUGCGAAGGCCGACUGGAGGAUCCAGCGGACACUCCGGAACAAGACUACCUGCUAGCGUCGAAACCCGAGACCACGCCGACGCUGUCUUCUGUGGACACGCACUCCGGUAGUGUCAGGGGUCAGGCGUGCGUGAGCACAAGUGAAGACGAGCUGAGGAACGGCUCUGACGUUGGGUCGCCGGUGGCAAAGAGUCGGUCGGGAGAUUCUGUUCUGAGCUCUUCGGACGAAGCUGGGAGACCUCUGGGUGAUCGGAGUGACUUGGACCCUCCUGUGGGGUUGAGUGUGUUGCCAGUGGCGAUGCGGCGCCAGCUUCCGUCUGUACUGACACCAAACAAGGACGGCCUCGGCAGUGGAACAGACUUUGUGACGCAGAGUUCCCAUGCGGUCUCGACAGGAAUUCCUCAAGCGGUUUUGCCUCCAGAAAGGAUCCGAGAGGAGCGCCGUACGAGCGGCUCAGGUUUGGCGGCUGCUCUGGGAGUCCACGAGUUGCUGCGCGGCACGGGCGUUUGGCCAGGAGUAGAAAACAAGUGGGCUUUGCUGCAGAGCGUGCCAUUUUUGGCUUCGGAUGCCCUGUCUCCAAGCGUCGGGCGGUUGCCUGGACAAGGUGAGCAAAUGGAAGACGAAGCUGCGAAGCAGAGACGCGCCUUGAGUCAGCUGGCACUAAGUCGGGGCGUGCCCGGGACCGCGAAAGAGGAAUGUGCGAGCAAAGAGACCGCGGCUUUUCUGCUGAGCCUGCAGACAGAGAACGUCCCGUCGAUGCCGGAAAUCAGCACCUUCUUGCACUUGAAAGGGAAUGGCGAAAGUGUUUCUCACGUUUAA